AUAGAAAUUCAAUUGACAGGCACAUUUAGUGUUGGGAUAAUGUAUGGUGAGACUCAGGGGUCAUCAGUGCUCAGCGUAUGAGGCCUGAGCAUGUUCUUUAGCUUCAUACCAUGAUGCCGAUGGCAAAUCAGAUAGAAGGAUUGAAGAACAGAUUUCUGAGAAAAGAGGAAUUUGCCUACUCCAGUUUAUAUGUGACAAACAGCCCGAGGGCUGCAUUAUUUAUGUAAGUUUAUACACAGUCCAUCAUAGUAGGUGACAAACAGGUGUUGACUAGGCUGAGAACAAAAUUCUAGGAGGAAGUUCAUUUUGAAAAUUAAACACCCACUGCUCCCUACAUACAUAAAUAAAUAUAUGUGUAUGUAUAUAUAAAUAGAGAGAAAGAGGUCCUUAAUUCCACAGGUCUGUUAUUUUUUGCUUCUAACACAAUCUGUGUGACAGAACAAGCCCUCCAACACAUCAGCCAUGGCCUUCUAUAGCCAUAACCAUGUACUUCCCCAGGCUGAAAGUGGUGUUGGGCUAAGUUUUGGUGGUGAUGGCGGUUCUGGCUUUCGACCUAGCUUUGCUGAAGAUCUUGGUGCAGGCUUUAAAGGAGACCUUGGUGGAGGCUUUGGUGGAAACCUUGGUGGAGGCUUUGGUGGAAACCUUGGUGGAGGCUUUGGUGGUGGACCCAGCAGUGGUUUUUCCUUUAGUUCUUCUGCUGGAUUUAGAGGGGCAGAAUCCAGCAGCUUUGGUUUCCGGUCUGGAAGUGAGAAAGAAACCAUGCAAAAUCUAAAUGACCGCCUGGCUGCUUACCUAGAAAAGGUCAGGGCCCUGGAAGCAGCCAACACCGAGCUGGAGAUCAAGAUCCGUGGUUGGUAUGACAAGCAAGUUAGCAUUGGAGCUGGCUCUGCAGCCAAAGAUUACAGGAAAUACUAUGAUACCAUCAAUGACUUGAGGAGCAAGCUCCUGGCUGCCAGGAUUAAGAACUCCAAAAUUGUCCUGGAAAGUGACAAUGCCAGACUGGCAGCCGAUGACUUCAGAGUAAAGUAUGAGACUGAGCUGGCUCUCUACCAAAGUGUGCAAUCUGAUAUCAAUGGGUUCCGAAAAAUUCUAGAUGACCUUACAUUGUCUAGAGGAGACUUUGAAACUCAGUUUGAGAGCUUGAAUGAAGAACUGGCCUACCUGAAGAAGAAUCAUGAGAAAGAAGCACAUGUUGCUAGAAGCAGUACUGCCGGCACUGUCAAUGUAGAGAUGGAUGCUGUUCCGGGAGUAGACCUCACCAAGAUUUUGAAUGACAUGAGGGGUAACUAUGAAGCUCUGGCUGCGAAGAACCGUAGAGAUGCCGAGGCUUUGUUUGCACAGAAGAGUAAUGAGCUGAAGAAGGAAAUUUCAGUUGGUGUGGAACAAGUGCAGACAAGCAAAAGUGAAAUCUCCGACCUCAGACGUUCCUUCCAAGGAUUAGAGACUGAGCUCCAGUCUCUGCUUACAAUGAAAAAAUCCUAUGAAGACAACCUGGCUGAGACAAAAAGCCGUUAUGGAGCACAGCUCCAGAAGCUCCAGCUUGUCAUCAGUGGAACAGAGGAGCAGCUAAAACAGAUCAGAUCAGACACAGAACAUCAGAGCCUGGAGUACAGAGAAUUGUUUGAUAUCAAAACCCGACUAGAACUGGAAAUUGAAACAUACCGACACCUGCUGGAAGGAGAGCUAGAUCAAUCCUCUUCCCAGAGCUUAUCCACAGCGACUAAAUCAAAAGUCAUUGUAUGCAAAGUGACUGAAUCCACAACAGAAUCAACUUCAGAAGUUUCCUCAUCAUCCAAAUCUCAGACAUCCUCUGUAGAGCUUGUUAAAGAUCCAACCAAAAUUGUAAAAGUGAAAACCUUCGAAGAAGAAGUGAUUGAUGGACAAGUUGUGUCUUCAAGAGUUGAGGAGGUUGAACAAACGGUGAACUAAAAAGAAACACAAAAGAAAGAAUUAAUAAUGGA